UCCCUCGUCUCCUUCCCCAUCACAUACCCCGCCGAUGGAGGCGCUCUCGCUCAUCGACGUCUCCGCCGAGGACGACUUCCUCCUCGGCCUCGCCUCCCCGCCGCAGCACCCCAACCCGCUGCCCGGCGCCGCGCCAGGGGCUUCGGUGGUGGCGCACCCCGCCGGCGGUUCUCCGGCCGCGGAGGCGGCGGGGCGGGUUCUGGAUCCGGGCGGCGCGACGGAGCAAGGCCCCGAGCGGGCGGAGUCCCCGAAGAGGAGGAAGCCCAAGGGCGCCGUCAACCUCCGCAAGAGCCUCGCCUGGGACAGCGCCUUCUUCACCGGCGAAGUAUACCCCGUGCAUCAUCCUGAUGCCAGCUGA